AUAGGAAUGUAAGAACUGUUUAAAACAAAUUUAAACUGGAUAGAUUUCUUAAACUUAAAAUUGAUAUUUAUAGUUAAAAGCGAAUGGGGUUGGUGAGGGUUCAACUCUUGAAGAAAAGGAAAAGUCAAUACUUAGGACAGAUUAUGUCGAUGUUUGAUAAGUGUAAAGCCAAUACAUUUCUUUUAUGCAUCCAGAGUCAUUGAAUCUAGGGCUAUUAUGGAUCGGAUACCUUAAGAGAAAAGAGUGUAUAAAAUUCAGGACAUUUGUAAAUAUUUUAGAAAUUGAUGAAACAUGACACUAGAUAUAUAAUACUCAUUUUGUCCUGUAUAAUACAUUCUGUGAUUCAUGUAUAUUUGUGUUUAAGGAAAGCAACAUGUAAUUUAUUUAAAACAUUUUCACAUAUAAUUACCAUAUCUGUCUGUCCUAGCUGUAAAUGAACUUUGAAAAGGUUUAGAAGGUUAAAAAAUCUUGGUUAUAUUGAUAUUUAACUUUAACUUUUUAAUUUUAGGGCAUGCAACCAUGAUUGGUACUAGAACAGGAAAGGUGGUCGGAUACAGUGUUCGGACCAAAUCCUGCCGUGUGUGCAGUCAUGCAUCUAAGACAGGGACUAAUCCUCAGCCACAUGACUGUAAACAGAACUGGAAUGAAAGUGCGAAAGCUAUGGAACAGGAUAUGGUAGUGGAAAUGGUUAAGGAAAAGAAGCAAGCUGGAAUACGUAUAGCAGCCAUUGUCGGAGAUGACGAUGCCACAACCAUAUCUAAACUACACCAGACUGUUGACCCAAAUAUUAAGAAGAGGUCUGACAAAAACCAUUAGAAAAAGAAUCUGUCAAACAGCCUCUAUGUCCUGAAACAAACCUACCCAUCUUUAUCAGUUAGGGUAAUCAGGUACAUUCAAAAAUGUUGGGCAUAUAUGGUUGCUCAGAACAAACACAAUCCUGCUGGAGUUGAAGUUGGUUUGGAUGCAAUGUGGAGACAUCCGUUCGGAGACCAUUCUUCUUGUUCGGACUGGUGUACACAUAAAGAAGAUCCCCAUAAGCAGUGCAAACAUCUUCCAUUUGGCCAAUGCCUAACAGACAAAAAUCUACAGGAAGCUCUCGCUGGUAUCUUCAAGAAGUACAAAAGCCAUUCGAAGAAGAUAGCUGAACUAGGUUCAACACAGGCCAAUGAAAGCAUUAACAACUCUAUAGCAUCUAAAGCUCCUAAAAGGUUGCAUUUUAGUGGAUCUGCCAGUCUCAACUAUAGAGUUUCAGCCGCUGUAGCCCAGAAAAAUAUUGGUCACACUUAUGUUUCCAAGGUAAAUGCCAGAAUAGGUUUAUCCCCAGGUUCCUACACCCAACGGUUGGCAGUCUUGAGAGAUCUUCAACAUAGGAAGAGAACAGCAUUGAACACAACAAGAGCUGCCAAGAGGAGAAGACUAGAACUAAAAGCUAAAAGGUUGCAGAAGAGCUCUUGUCAGGAAAGUAGAGAGGGAAAGACAUAUUCCCCAGAGGUUGAUGUGUGUGGAGAGGAAGCAGAUCUUACAUUUAUUCCUCCUCCCUGUCCCUCCCCAGUCAGAGUGCCAGUAAAUAUUUCAUCAGAACAUGUUCCAGUUUACUUUGAUUUGGAAACAACUGGAUUAGCAAGGACUUCCCACAUUACCCAAAUAGCUGCUGCAGCUGGAGAGUUACAUUUCAGUUGUUAUGUUUUUCCAAGAAUUGCCAUUAGCUCUCAGUCUGCGAGUGUCACUGGCAUCUCUGUUAGAAAUGGAAUCAUGUACCAUCAUGGCAAAAGAGUCGAUUCAAAGUCCAUAUCAACUGCAGUUGAUAUGCUUUUAGAUUUCUGCCAAACCUUUCAGAAGAAAAUAAUUCUAGUUGGACACAAUGUGGAGUCUUUUGAUUCUCCCAUUCUUAUGUAUGCAUUAGAUAGAUGUAAAAAGUUGGAAUCUUUUACCAAUAUUGUUGAUGGGUUUUUAGACACCUUGAAGUUUUUCAGAAUUGAGAGACCAGGUCUUUCAUCAUACAGACAAGAAUAUUUAUGUAAAAAUCUUGCAGGUAUAGAUUAUGAUGCCCAUGAUGCUUUAAGUGAUGUCCUUUCUCUCCAGUCCUUGAUAAACUUUCUGAAUAUUGGUUUAGAAAAUGUAAACGCCAGGACAGCAUCGUUAACUUCUGUAAGUGCUGUAGACUUUUACAGAUAUUCAAAUGUUGUGCAAUCCAACUUGCCAUCUUUACAGCCUUUAAUUGGUCAGAAAAUAAUAAGCUGUCCAAUUGCAAAAAAAAAUUGCAGGUAGUGGAUUACAGUUGAAACAUCUUGAACUUGCUUACUCUAGAGACCCUGUUGAGGGAAUUUAUUCUUUGUUUAGUGAACAGUGUGGAAAGUCUGUCCGAGUAUCCAAGUCAAGAAAGGUCACAGGCAAAAUUGUUGAAUAUUUUGCAUCCUUGAGGGAAAGUUAAACAUGUAAUGCUUAAAAAAUCAAGCUUUGUACAUUAUUUUUUUUUUUGUCAAAGAUGAUUUCUAGUGUUACAGUAUGGUGUGAUCAAGUUUUUUUGUUACAAAAAUAUUGAAACAAGACUAAUGAAAUCUACAUUUGUAUUUGAUAAAAAGCUUCAAUUUUAGAUGGAUUUCUCUCACAUUUGCAUUUGAUAUUUUGUACACAUGUUAAUUUGGGCUUAAUGAUCGAUUUCUACUCUCAAUAUAUUUUUUUACAUGUGUGUAUUUUGAAUUAAGUUAAUUUCAAUCUUUCUGUGAUCAAUGAUGUGAUUAAUUCCUUCAAUAUGUAGAGAAGAACAUUUUGUUGCUACACUGUAUGAUGCCUUGAAAUUAUAUGAAAGUAUGAUAAUAUAAUGUAUGAUGCAUGCAUAUUGAAUAUUAUUGUUGUUAGAAAUUGAAUAAACUGUCAUGUCAAUUGCUGAAAAGAAGAAUGUUUGGUUAAUAUAUUUAGAAAAUUCGACACUUAUGCGAAACAGAGGAAAUUCAAGUUAAUUUCGUAAAAAACAGUAUAAUUAAGUACAAAAUUUUGCGUUUUUAAAUUUUUUUUUUGAUAAAUAUCAUUGUUGCUAUUGUUCAUUUUAUGCAAAACCAAAUGAAUAAUGAGAAAAAUAACUUUUUCAGUCUCUUUCCUACUUGGAAGGAAAAAAGUCAGAGAAAAUUCGAGUUAAAUAGAGAAAAUUUGGAUUAUCUUUUUUAAAUGACCAUAGACCCACAUUUUCUUUUAUCUCAUUUUAUAGAGUUAUGAGUGACCUCUCUAUGUGCAGUAUAUCUUAAAAAGUUAGAGACUUUUUAUUAAAAAAUUUAAUGGUACAAUAAUCCACUAAAAUUGAGGAAAUUAAAAAAUUAGGGAGGGUUACUAUGAUUUAUUUAUUUAUUUUUUUUUAAAGUGGAAACUUAUCAAACAGCAGGAUUUAUCAACCAAUGCCAUUUUGUGAUACAAUAUUCAUGAUGUAAUUCAAAUAUUUAGUUGUUCUGUUUAUUUUUUAUCCAUUGAAAAAAAGAGGUUACCUAUCAUGCUGUGAGAACUAAGAAAUCACAUAAUAUGAACCACUGUCCUCUUUGAAGCAUUGUCAUGCAAAAUCUAACACAUAUACAUCGUCUCUAAAUAUCAUGAAUUUACAGUAAACUGUUAUAUAAAGAUAAUAAAACUUGAUUUGUGAAAAGUUAGAGACUUUUAAUAUCAGGAUCCAACCCCCUUAAUGUGCACCUCAUUUGAAAUGGAUUCACUUUCUGAAUUAAUAAAAUUAUUAUUGAGACAGAAAAAAAAAUGUUUUCUGUGGCAAAUAUAUUUGUUGAACCCAAAUUAGGAAUAUAUGGGCAUUGUUAAUAAACCUUUAUAUAAGCUUUUUUGAAUAUCGCUUUUAAAGGUUCAGUACCUCAAACAAUACUACUCAUAUAAAAAAUGCCCUCCCUCUCAAAUUGUGGUCUUCUUAAAACCGAAAAGAUUAUAGUGUGUAUAAAUAUUUUUUUCCAAUUCGCCUGUUUCUGUAUGAUGUUUUUUUUCAUUGAUAACAGCAUAGAGCGUUCUUCAAUAUAGGUUAUUGUUGAAUGUAUUUCUAGGUAAAUUGGUCACUCCUU